AAUUAUUGGUUUGUUUUAUGUUAUACAUUGCAGUUUAUCUGUACUGAUAAACUGCUCCGUUUUUUCUCACUUAUUUUUAAACUGUAACCUUAAAAGAGUAUUUAGUGAGUGUCGUGUUGCUAAACCCCAAAUGGGGAAGUGAACCAUCUAAACUUCCUCAUCAAACCAAACCUAUGAAAUGUGGCCAUGGGACAAAUGCUGCAUAAUACUAUAUCUGGUAUCUGGUAUAUAUCUGGUUUUCUCUUGCUUAUAAAGGUGCGUUGGAUUUAGCACAAAGAAGUCAUGGAGAACAUCUGCAUUCCAGUUUUAUAUGAGAUUAGUGAAAAGCAUACUUUGGACUGAGUCAUCUGAACACUACAUUGUUUAAAUAGGAACAGUAGCUGAUUUGUAUGUAUAUGUAAAAAUAAUUCAUCUUAUUGCCAGUCAAUAGAUGUGCACAAAAUCUCUUGUGCCAAAAAAUGUCCUUACUAAAAACUUUUUACGAAGUGGAAACUUCAAAAUGAAUAGUUCCUCCCCAUACAAACAUGACCUCAAAGGGUUAAGAGUCGAUAUAGAAAGAGCCACAAGCAGAAGUUUGCUGCUGGAUUGUGAGAAUCUACAGACACAUGAAGUUACUUUGCUUUACAUGCUUUCUGUCUGCUUUAGAAGAUUACAUCUGAUAACAUUAGAAUGGCUCUUUUCCUAACGUGGUUCCAACUCUGGCUCUUUGCACUUGGUUUCUUGCUGACCGAAGCUGUGAGAGCUGGCUGGAUCUCCAGAACUAAUCCAUGUGAUGUCUACGAGAAUAAAACAGAUGUUAUUUUUCACUGUGACAAGCGCAGGCUGAAACAAGUACCCAGUGAGAUAAGCAGCAAUGCAACAAUCCUCUUUCUUUCUGAAAACUAUAUAAAGAACAUUUCCACCCGUGACUUCCAUGAUUUGCACAAACUGAAGAGACUUUAUGCUGGGUGGCUCAACAAGAAACAGGAAGUUCAAAUUCCUAAAGGGAUAUUCCAGAACAUGACCAACUUAUAUUACUUGAGACUGGAUGGUAAUUGCCUUCGAGAUGUUCCAGAAAACCUCCCACCCAGUCUGCAAGCUCUUCACUUGACAAGAAAUAAGAUAACUAAAGUCACUCGGGGCACCUUCUCUGGGCUGACAAAUAUAACAUAUAUAAACCUGUCGAAAAACUGUUAUUACUGGAUGCCGUGUAAAGAGAACUUUUAUAUCCAAAAUGACAGUUUUUGGAACUUGACUAAGUUGCAAUUUCUGGACUUGUCUUUCAAUAACUUAACAAAUGUCCCACGCAAAAUAUCACACUCAGUAGAAGUAUUACGCUUGAGUUCUAAUAAAAUACAGCACAUCUUGGAAAAUGAUUUUAGCGGCUUGACAAACCUAAAAGAACUCUUUUUGCAGGGAAACUGUCCUAGAUGUUACAAUGCACCCUAUCCAUGCACCCCCUGUCCAAAUGGAUCGAUAGACAUUCAUUCUGAGGCAUUUAGAAGUCUUUCAGAAUUGAAAACACUGCAACUUUCAGGAAAUUCACUGCACUGUCUCAAAGGCUCUUGGUUUAAAUAUUUGCCAAAUCUUCGUAGGUUGCAUCUGUCUUACAACUUUUUAGUAGAUGAAAUAGCCGAUGGCAGCUUUUUGAACUAUCUACCACAUCUACAGACAAUGAACCUAAACUUUAACUUUAACAGGAUGGUAUACCCCUCAACACUCAAUCUUUCAAGUAACUUUUCUAAGCUGGUGUCUCUUAAAUAUUUGCAUAUUGCAGGUUAUGUUUUUAAAGGGAUUCAUAAUGAGAGUUUAUAUCCGCUUUAUAAUUUAAAAAAUCUUUCUCUGUUAAACUUUGGGACAAAUUUCAUUGUUCAAACAGACCCUGGCGUGUUUUCAAGAUUUCCUAAUGUAAAACUGAUAUAUUUGUCAGAAAAUAGACUUUAUCCAAUUACGAGCCAUGCAGAGGCAUUGAAUGGCAUAGGAAGAAAAUCUAAUGAUUUUUUUCAGUUGCCUGCACCCCUGACAUACUAUCAAGAGCGUAAGGAUUUUGAUUUCACUGCAGCCCGCUUACCUGUGAAACCUGCAUGUUAUUCCUCUGGCCGUGUGUUGAGCCUUAGCUCAAACAACAUCUUCUUCAUUUCCCCUAAGCAGUUUGAAGGCUUUAGCAACAUAUCCUGUUUGAACCUGUCAAAUAAUGGCUUUACAGCUGCUUUAAAUGGAACCGAGUUCAGUUCAUUGCCAAACCUGACAUAUCUAGACCUAUCUUACAAUAAGAUAGACUUGGCCUAUGACAAUGCCUUCAAGGAGCUGAAAAAAUUGAAAAUAUUAGAUUUGAGCUAUAACCCCCAUUAUUUUAGUAUAUCUGGAGUGACGCACAAUUUGAACUUUAUGCAGAACCUGCCUGAGUUGAAAAUACUUAAUCUUAGCAGUAAUCACAUCUUCACUUUAACUAGCAAAAAGAUGAUAAGCAACUCUCUGCAGGAGCUGCGAUUCCAGGAAAACUCCCUGAACAAAAUGUGGAAAGACAGGGACAACUCCUAUUUCAAAAUUUUCAAACACCUUGUAAACUUGACAAAACUCGACUUGUCCUAUAAUAGGAUAGAUAAGAUACCAUUUGGAGUCUAUGAAAACUUACCACAGACAAUCAUUGAACUCGAUUUAAGUCAUAAUGCUCUUAAAACUUUUGAGUGGGAUAAACUGAUUUGGUUUAAAAACCUUUCAAUUCUAGAUUUAAGCCAUAAUCACUUAACUCAUGUAUCGGGGAAUAUUUCAGCCAUUACAAAUACUCUUCGCAUACUUAAUCUCAAUUAUAAUAAAAUAUCACAGCUUUAUGGUGGAUUUUUGAGAAAUGCUAGAAGUCUUCAGCGACUUUACCUUGGCUACAAUAAACUUGCGGUCAUCAACCAGUCCACUUUCUUAUCCGGACCAAACAAUUAUUUGAAUAAAUUGUUCCUGGAGGGCAAUCCUUUUCGUUGUACUUGCGAUACGUUAGAGUUCAUCCUGUGGUUGAAAAAUGGUGACAUUAACAUCUUCCACUUAGCUACGGAUGUCACCUGUAGAAUUCCAGAUCUGCUGAGGGGCAAGGCUGUAGUCAGCUUUGACAUCGAGCAAUGUGUAAACAACAGUGAAGCAUUUCUAAUUUACUUUCUUUGUUAUACCUUUGUAUUCUCCUUUAUGGUGAUAGCUAUCAUGAUGCAUCUGUUUUAUUGGGAUGCUUCCUACAUUCUUCACUACUGGAGAGCGAAGAUUCAAGAUUAUCAAUACCUUGGGUCCACUGGCAAUUCCUAUGAGGCUUUUAUUACAUAUGACACAAAAGACCCCCUCGUCUCAGACUGGGUCCUCAAUCACCUUCGCAUACAGCUGGAGGACUGCGGAGAGACAGCCCUGCCCAUUUGCCUGGAGGAGCGGGACUGGACGCCUGGAAGCCCCGUGAUUGACAGCCUUUCCCAGAGCAUCCGGCAGAGCCGCAAGACCAUCUUUGUGCUGACGGAGGCAUACGUCCAGAGUGGCAUUUUCAAGAUGGCCAUCUACUUGGCCCACCAGAGGCUGCUGGAUGAAAAUGUGGAUGUGAUCGUGCUGCUGCUUCUGGAGCCAGUGUUGCAGCACUCACAGUUCCUCCACCUGAGGAGGAGGCUUUGCAGGAAGACCGUUCUGGAAUGGCCCAGGAACCCCUCUGCUGAGCCGUGGUUCUGGCAGUGCCUAAGAAACGUCAUCAGGGUGGACAACCAAUCCGUGUACAGCAAGCUCUACUCUAGGUACUUUACUGCCAGGGUGGAGAGUUAAGAGCAAGUAUCGCUUUGGCUCAAUCACACAUGGCAGCUGUAAUCAAUCAAGAAAUCUCAAAACCAGGGCUGUUAUCCAAGAAGGGACACACUGAGCCUCGGCAUGACACAAAAGCAGGACACCUGUCCAUGUGUCUCCACCAUUCACUUCUGGACUGCUGUGUUAGAAUGACUUACUGUAUGAGGGAAAUGUGUGAGGCAAAUGUUAUGGUGUAAUCCAAGUGAAAUCAACAGCAUUAUCAUCAUCUCAAAUUAGACAUUUACAUUUGUAUUGUGAUAGUUUGGCUUUUGCUUCAGUCUUGUGUACAUUAAAAAAAUUACAGGUACAGGACCCCCUUCACAUUUGAACAUUUGCCAUUUUGAUCAUUCAUGAGCGGGUUGUGAACAAUGGAAUAUUUUUGGAGCUUGCCAAAAGAUCACAGAAACUCGCAUAUGGGGUGUAAGCCAAAAAGAAUACUGCAAAUGAUUCAGGUCACAUAAAAUCAUGUAAUAUAUAAAUAUUAGUGAACGGUAAUAUUUACUGGUGUAAGUGUAUACUGUGUCUUGGCUUGGUUACUCCACGCAUCUUUGUCUCUGUAUGCAGCUUCCUUCACAUGUUCCAUCUCUGUGGAAUCUUGUCUUUCUCAGUAACUUUAAAACUUUUUAAUUUUGCAUUUUUAAACGUAGUGCGCCCAGUGCAUGCAAUGGUAAUUUUGUACAUACAGGCGCAUAAUUUAGAUGUUUUGUAUAUUAUAUUAAAAUAUCAAUAUAAGUGACAAAGUUUACCAGUUUAACGUGCAAAAUGUGAAAUACAGUUUUAUUUGUUUAUAAAUUGGUUAGAAAUACACUUUUUAUAUUAUCCUGCGGGCUAGCUGACUGUUAUGGGUGAAGGUUGAGGGGGGUAAAUAUUAUUUGCCAAAUUUCACAUUUGUGGCCAUAUUCUGCUCCUACUCCUCGCAAAGCUAAAGAGGUAACUACAUGAAUAUGUUAUACUUCAGUUAAGAAUUGUGUUUUAAACAACAUAAACAAUUUAAAUGCAUUUGGUUUAUUCUACUGCAAAUAUUCGUUGCUAGGGAAGAUUAACAUUAUUUUUUUACAUUUAAUUUUAAACCGAUUUUAUCUUAUAUACAUCCAUCUUCCAGCCACUGCCAUGCAGCAUAGUGCAGUAGUAAGCAGACCAUUCUGGAUGAGAUUCACAUUAUCUUUAAAUUAAUAAAUCAUGUUCAAAUAAAUGUGGCGGCAUGGUGGUGCAGUGGUUAGCACUGUUGCCUCACACCUCUGGGACCCGGAUUCAAGUCUCCGCCUGGGUCACAUGCGUGUGGAGUUUGCAUGUUCUCCCCAUGUCGUCGUGGGGUUUCCUCCGGGUACUCUGGUUUCCCCCCACAGUCCAAAAAUAUGCUGAGGCUAAUUGGACUUGCUAAAUUGCCCGCAUGUGUGAGUGAAUGGAGUGUGCCCUGCGAUAGGCUGGCCCCCCAUCCUGGGUUGUUCCCUGCCUCGUGCACAUUGCUUCUGGGAUAGGCUCCGGACCCCCCGCGACCCAGUAGGAUAAGCGGUUUGGAAAAUGGAUGGAUGUUCAAAUAAAUUUUGCUUGAAGUUCCUCUGUGUGUGUAAAUAUAUAUAAAGGGUGUAAAUAUAUAAAGUGACAGUCAAUAAACUGGAAAGAAAUAA